AUGGAUUCCUCGGAGCUCUUCGUCGCCGCCGCCAGCGCCUCCCCCGCUGAGGACGCCUCAGGGGGCUCUGGCGUGCGAACGUUCCCCAUCUUCGGCGCCGUCAGCCUCAUCAUCGUCGUAGUAGGUGGCACCGGAAACCUCUUCCUUAUCUACUUGUCCUUCAAGAAGUCCAAACUGCUAACUGCCAUCAACCAGCUGUUGCUGAGUCAGUGCUUCAUCAACCUGACGGUGUGCUUCGUGGGCAUCCCCAUCAAGGCUUUCCUGGAGGCCAGUGGCUUAGAGUUCUCCGCUCGGGACUCCCUGUGCUGGUUCGUCCUGUCCUGGAUCAACGCGAGUUGGGCCAACUUCUGCUUCAGCCUCUGCGUCGUCGCUUCCGUCAGGCUGCUGUACACUGUGGCGCCGCUGCGGAUGCACAACCUGCAGGAGGAGCGAGUGGCGGCGCUGUCCUGCGGCAUUCUCUUGCUGGACCAGUUGGCGUGGUUCGUGGUUUCUAUAUUGGAGGACGAACCCCCCUUCGGCAGCGUGACCUGCUUCGUCGAAAAGAUCCAGCACACUUCAAGAAGGAUCAUCGCGGCCAUCGCCUUCAACCUCACGUGCCUCGUGAUAACUCUGGGCACGUAUCUGGGCAUCACCUUCUCCACGGCCCGGCACCCGCUCCCGCCCCCGGCCACCAGCAGCCAGAGGAACCUCAUCACGGCAAGGACCGGCAUCAUUCAGUGUGUGUUUUUUCUGCUCACGUACAUGCUGCCCAUCGGGACGCGGUGGCUGAGCUACCAAGGAGUCAUCUUGCCGACCACGCUCGCGCAAGGCAACUUCUUCUUCGUGUUUUUCUUCCAGUGCUCCGUGUACCCUUUCCUCACCAUCGUCUCCUCGACUAUCCUUCGCAAAGAGACUCUGGCUAUAGUAGCGACCCUGAAGGCAAGGGUUAUGCCCGUGCCCGUAUGCAGAACCAGAAGGGUCGAGCCGGAGGUAUGCGUCGCCGAGCGGGGCCUUGCGGAGUCGCCCCAAGGGACUCCGAAGGCAGCCUCCAGCCCUGGCAGCCCGGACUCCCGUAAUCGAAUCUCGCUCGUUACCCCGGACACGUGGAACACCAGGCUCGCCUCAUCCGUAUUUCCGGAUGAACAAACCAUAGGAUCUUCCGCCCAUGGUGCAUUUACAAUUAAUUGCAGUGACAGAAUCUCCCAGUUGAGCACUACAGACAAACAAAGGUCCCACGCACCUCUCGAAGAAGGAGGCGACGACCAGCCUGAGUCAAACCGAGGUCUCGACGUGCGUGCGGAAGCAUCUGUUGACAGUUCACCCGAUGAGAAUCUCGCUUCGAGUACUGAAUUAUGAAAUGUUUGUAACUUAUGAUGCGCCGUAUAUGGGUGAAUGUAUCUAUAUUUUGCUUGUCUAUAUGAAGAUUCAUCUGUAGUCAGGUUAUGACCUCUACCCUUACUACAGAAGCCCUUUGAGUAUCACGGAAUUAAUGUUAAACAAUAUCAGGUUAAGGAAAAGAUAAUUUAUAUACAUAUACAUGAAUUCCGAGCUCGUAUGUAAGUGUGCAAGUUUAAAUAGUAAAUAAUGUAUGUAUACAGUUGUGCAUGUAUAUGUAACACACACACAUAUAUCAAAACAAGGCAAUCGCGUGGCUUCGGGUAUUCCUCUCCUGUACAAUUCCUUUGCACUCUUUCCGUCCAGUUCUUGAAACAAAUUAGUAUAGUUUAUUUUUCUAAGCAAAGGCAUUGCAUAUUAUAUUCAUGAGACAGCAACAUUUGUGAGAAAUAAAGAUAUACUGAAAAGUA